AUGGACAAUAAAUUCGAUGAUCACAGUGCACUCUACUAUCCAACGGCAUGCUGCGAAAUAUUGCACGCUAGCACGGCGGUUUAUGUAUGUACAGCAGUGCAGGUCGUCUUCUCGGUGAUAUUGAUUUUCCUUUAUUUUCUAAUGGAGAAAAACGGCUUCAUCGAAGCAUCAUGGCUGAUCACACCGAUCGUCUCUUGCUUAGCGUUUCUCAGUGCUGUAGGAAAUAUUUGUGCGUUUUGUGGUGUAAUAUUAGAGAGGGCAUCAAUUCUUCAGUGUCAGAUUACAAUUCUAAUGUUCAUGAUUGUCUUAUGUGAUAUAAUUGCCGUUUCAAUCAUAUUUGUAAUGGCUAUUGGAAGUCGAACUGCACUGACCGCAAAAUCGCCCGAAUUACUCGUUUCAGUGAAAAAAUUUGAAAGUUUGCUGGGGCCAUUUUGGAUUUAUUUACUUGCGAUUAUGUUUCAUAUGACUGCCGCUGCAAUGGUGGGUAUUAUGGGUGUUAAUAAGAGGUUCAUCGUCUAUUUGGCCGAUAAGCAAUCUUUCUAUGGAGAACGAAAGCAACGCUUAGAAGAACCAAAAGUUGAGGUGUUACCGACGAAAAGUGUAUAA